AUGAAGUUGUGGCGGUUUUCUGCAUACAACGGAUUGUUGAGUAUGAACACCUUCUUCGAGCAUCGAAGAGUGCACCAGCACGCCUGGUACCUGGAAGCUCGUGCACACAAUUCGAUAUUCGAUUUGAUAAUCAUAUCGUCUGACUUGAAACGCUCAGCAAUGGAUGUUCCCGUUAAGAGAGGAGCAGAGCUAUCAACCGAUCACCACCUUCUUGUUAGGACGCUGCGAUAUCAGAAAUGGAGUAUCACACGAAGACCUGGUCGCAGAAGCAACCACACCGUCAAAUGGGAAACAUUAUAUUCGGCGGACACGACAGCGAAAUUUGCAAACAACAUCGCACGACGGUUUGAACAGAUCCCAGCGAUGACAACUGACGUUGAAAAGGAGUGGCAUCUCUUUAAGAGCGCCAUAAUCGAGGCUGACGCUGAGUGCUACAAAUUUAAACCUGUUGGCCGGCCGCCUGGAGGUCAGAAAAGAUCUUCAUGGUGGACAUGA